CUCUGCGUCUGAGACUGGAAAAGAAGGGAAAAAUGAAAAAAGGAGAGUCCAGAGGGGAACCGUUCCAGUCCACAGAGAGACGGAGAGGGACGCCCUGGCUCUCUCAAAUUCUUUGUCCAUCAAAAAAAAAAAAGAGGAAAAAAAAUGCCCCUGCCCGCUUCUGUACUUGCAGCCGAAGCGCCUGUCCCUCUCUUCCGCGGCGCUCCCUCUUCUUCUUCUUCUUCUUCUUCUUCACACUCCUUUUCUUUCCGUAUUUAUAACGAAGGAAGAGACCCGGGGAAAAAGGGGACCCUUCUUCCUUUCUCCCUUCCGUGCCUCUUGGAUUUUGUCCACCCUUCGAGAUCCUCAGAACGCCACCCUUCCCUGAAAAGGGAGAAUUAUUGAAGCGGUAAUUGUGACUUGGUAUCUUCUAUAAUGGAUCACCAUAGACCAUCAUCUAACAAUGUUGACGAUAAUGUUGGCAUUCCGGAGGAUUUGAGGUGCAAAAGGUCAGAUGGCAAACAAUGGAGAUGCAGUGCACUGUCUAUGCCAGACAAAACAGUGUGCGAGAAGCAUUACAUUCAGGCAAAGAAAAGAGCAGCAAAUUCUGCAUUGCGUGCCAGUUUGAAGAAGGCGAAGAGAAAGUCCAUGGAUGACACUGAUGUUUAUUUGGAAAGUAAGAAGGAUGAAAUGGACAUGCUACUUGUUAACACGAAGGCAGGCCAGGAACUCAUGGGUUCGUUAAAGAAAUCUAAGGAUAAGUCUUCAAAAAACCAGUUGAUGCAUUCUCAGGACUUUGUACAUGCAAAAAAUUCGGCCUCUCGCACUGUUCAGAGAUACAAUGAAGAGACACCGAAAGACGUGGCUCUGAAUGAUGACCACAGGAUUAAGUUCGUCUACAAGUCACCCACUUCAGGUUCUUCUUCAAGAAGCAAAAGUCAGAAGAGCCUUAUGGGAAAGGCUUUUGUGGAAAAUUCUGGAAGGAGCACAGAGUCAUCUGGGGAGGCUAGUGGGCAGACAUGUCAUCAGUGUCGGAGGAAUGACAAAGGAAGGGUAAUCUGGUGUUUGAAAUGUGAAAGGAAAGGUUAUUGUACUGGAUGUAUUUCUAAAUGGUAUCCUGAUGUUCCUGAAGAGGAUAUUCAAAAGGCCUGUCCGGUGUGCCGUGGAAAUUGCAAUUGCAAAUUAUGCUUAUCAGGCGACAAUCUAAUAAAGGUCAAGAUACAUGAGAUAGCUGCAAAGCAUAAGCUGCAGUAUCUCCAUCGUCUUCUUUCAUUAGUUCUUCCUUUGCUUAAGCAGAUUCAUAAGGAGCAGUCCUUGGAAAUAGAAGUGGAAAUGAGCGCUAAAGGAGCUAAUCUGGAUGUACCUCGGGUGAGAUUAAGUGUGGAAGACAUGCUGUCCUGUGAUUGCUGCAAGAUGCCUAUUAUUGACUAUCACCGGCAUUGCACAAAUUGUGCUUUUGAUUUGUGUCUCACCUGCUGCUGUGAACUAAGGAAUAUGAUCCAAGGUGGCGAUGAAAAGGAAUUGGUAGAAGAAGACUUAAUGAGCACAGGGAAAGCUGAAGUGAUCCUGUCAGAACCUCCCAAACAACAUGGAACAACCACAGGACAGGAAAACUCUUCUAAACACAGGAUCGACUUUUCUCAUUUAUUCCCUGGUUGGAUUUUGAGUAGCAAUGGCAGUAUUCCGUGCCCACCAAGAGAAUGUGGUGGCUGUGGUUACGAGUCCCUAGUGCUGCAACGAGUAUUUAAACUCAACUGGCUUGUGAAGCUGCAAAAGCGUGCUGAAGAAAUAGUCAGUGGUUGCCAGGUCAAUGAAAUGGAAAAUUCACAUUCAUGCCUUGCUUGCUCAGGUGACAAGCCAUCUGAAACCAAUGGCCUUAAUGAUAAUGUCUGCAAAUCAGCAAAUAGAAACAGUAGCAAUGACAACUUCUUGUAUUGCCCAUCAUCUGAUGAUGUAAAUUUGGAAGGCUGUCAGCAUUUUCAAAAACACUGGGCUAGAGGUGAACCUAUUAUUGUUAGGAAUGUCUUCUCUAGCACAUCAGCUUCCUGCUGGGAUCCCAUGGAUAUAUGGAGGGGAAUCCGUGAAACUACAGACGAGAAAGUCAGAGAUGGUAACAGAAUUGUGAAGGCCAUAGAUUGCUUGGACUGGUCAGAGGUUGAUAUUGAACUUGGUCAGUUUUUAAAAGGUUACUCUGAAGGACGCAUCCAUGAAAAUGGCUGGCCACAGAUGUUGAAAUUAAAAGACUGGCCAUCUUGUCAAGCACUGGAAGAAUUUUUAUUGUACCAGAGAGCGGAAUUUAUUAGUUCAUUGCCCCUACUUGAGUAUGUUCAUUCCAAAUGGGGCAUUCUCAAUCUGGCUGCUAAGCUGCCUCUGGGGUCAUCCAGGAACAACCUUGAGCCCAAGCUUUUCAUUUCUUACGGUACAUAUGAUGAACUAGGAAGAGGGGAUUCAGUGACCAAUCUCCAUGUUAAUAGUGGUGACGUGGUUCACUUGUUGAUGCAUGCAUCUGAAGUAAAGUUUCAAGGAUGGCAAAGGGCAAAAAUUGAAAAGAUACAACGGACUUUUAGGGCAAUGGAUGCAAAGGAUAAUUCAGGAGAUGGGAAAGCCUCUGAAGCUACUGAAAGUCAGACUGAGAAAGAAAAAGCUGAUCUGGUGGCUGCAGAACCAUGUAAACAGAAUGGAAAUUUUGCAGAGUUAACUAUAAAAGGGGUGGAGGCCAUGGAUGACCAUGCAAGUCACGGGAUGAAAACUAUUUCAGGUGAGAGGACAAAUACAGCUGGAAAGCAACAUGCUGGAGUUCGUUGGGAGGUAUUUCGUCGGCAGGAUGUCUCUAAAUUGAAUGAGUAUCUGAAAGUUCAUUGGAAAGAAUUUAGAAGUCGCAGUGCUCUAUCAAACGAUGCAUUUGUGCAUCCUGUCUAUGAUCAAAUAAUUUUUUUGAAUGAAGACCACAAGAGAAAGCUGAAGGAAGAGUUUGAUGUAGAGCCCUGGGCGUUUGAGCAACAUGUUGGGGAGGCGGUUUUCAUUCCAGCUGGAUGCCCAUGCCAAGUCCGUAAUCUUCAGUCCUCCGUCCAACUCGGCUUGGAAUUCCUAUCCCCUGAGAGCUUGCAAGAGUCUGUGAAUCUGUUACAAGAAAUCCGUUGUCUACCAAAUGAUCAUGAGGCGAAGAAGUGCCCAUUGGAGGUGGGAAAAAUGGCAUUGUAUGCUGCCAGUUGGGCAAUAAGAGAAGUACAGAAGUUGGUACUCGACCCCAGGCUUGAUUCAGAUGUUCGAGCGGAGGAUAGCAUCCUCACAUCUCUAGUUGUGGAUAACUUGGAAAAGAUCACGAAACAGAGACAAAUUACAUGCAGCUGAACUUUUGCUCAUCUUUGAGUUGCUUCUCUGGUUUGUAUUAUAUGUAACCUGGUAAUCAUGAUCGGAAUUUUGUAAUAUAGAACAUUUAAUAUAUAUAUAAUGUGUAUCUUUUUAUUUGUA